AUGAUUAAAUCCACCAAACAAGCACAAGACCCACCAAACAAGCACAAGACCCCACCAAACAAGCACAAGACCCCACCAAACAAGCACAAGACCCCACCAAACAAGCACAAGACCCCAUCAAACAAGCACAAGACCCCACCAAACAAGCACAAGACCCCACCAAACAAGCACAAGACCCCAUCAAACAAGCACAAGACCCCACCAAACAAGCACAAGACCCCACCAAACAAGCACAAGACCCCAUCAAACAAGCACAAGACCCCACCAAACAAGCACAAGACCCCACCAAACAAGCACAAGACCCCAUCAAACAAGCACAAGACCCCAUCAAACAAGCACAAGACCCACCAAACAAGCACAAGACCCCACCAAACAAGCACAAGACCCAUCAAACAAGCACAAGACCCACCAAACAAGCACAAGACCCCACCAAACAAGCACAAGACCCCACCAAACAAGCACAAGACCCACCAAACAAGCACAAGACCCCACCAAACAAGCACAAGACCCAUCAAACAAGCACAAGACCCACCAAACAAGCACAAGACCCCACCAAACAAGCACAAGACCCCAUCAAACAAGCACAAGACCCCAUCAAACAAGCACAAGACCCACCAAACAAGCACAAGACCCCACCAAACAAGCACAAGACCCAUCAAACAAGCACAAGACCCACCAAACAAGCACAAGACCCCACCAAACAAGCACAAGACCCAUCAAACAAGCACAAGACCCACCAAACAAGCACAAGACCCCAUCAAACAAGCACAAGACCCCAUCAAACAAGCACAAGACCCCAUCAAACAAGCACAAGACCCCAUCAAACAAGCACAAGACCCCAUCAAACAAGCACAAGACCCCACCAAACAAGCACAAGACCCCACCAAACAAGCACAAGACCCAUCAAACAAGCACAAGACCCCAUCAAACAAGCACAAGACCCCACCAAACAAGCACAAGACCCCAUCAAACAAGCACAAGACCCCACCAAACAACCCACAAGACCCACCAAACAACCCACAAGACCCCACCAAACAACCCACAAGACCCCACCAAACAACCCACAAGACCCCACCAAACAACCCACAAGACACCACCAAACAACCCACAAGACCCCACCAAACAACCCACAAGACCCCACCAAACAACCCACAAGACCCCACCAAACAAGCACAAGACCCCACCAAACAAGCACAAGACCCCACCAAACAAGCACAAGACCCCACCAAACAAGCACAAGACCCCACCAAACAAGCACAAGACCCCACCAAACAAGCACAAGACCCCACCAAACAAGCACAAGACCCCACCAAACAAGCACAAGACCCAUCAAACAAGCACAAGACCCCACCAAACAAGCACAAGACCCCACCAAACAAGCACAAGACCCCACCAAACAAGCACAAGACCCCACCAAACAAGCACAAGACCCCACCAAACAAGCACAAGACCCCACCAAACAAGCACAACCCAGCGGGCAAGCAGGUUAGCAAGCAGGCUAGCAAGCAGACUGGCAAGCAGGCUAGCAAGCAGACUAGCAAGCAGGGUAGCAAGCAGACUAGCAAGCAGGCUAUCAAGCAGGGUAGCAAGCAGGCUAGCAAGCAGACUAGCAAGCAGACUAGCAAGCAGGUUAGCAAGCAGACUAGCAAGCAGGCUAGCAAGCAGACUAGCAAGCAGAACUGGAAAGUUAUUUCUUCUCGCUGUUGA